GGCAGAGUGUGUGUGUGUGUGUGUGUGUGUGUGUAUAUGUGUGUGUGUUUAUCAGGCCUCUCUCCAAGCAGGAGCCGGUUCAACCGGUUUAGUGGGAUUUCAGCAGAACAGGAAUAACGAGGGAGAACUUGCCCGGGCCUCAGUGUUUGUGUUCCUCAAGGGGACGAAGCGCUCCGACUGGUUUUCUGGGGAGGAGAGAUGAUAGAGGGAGGGUGUGGGGCGUUCUCCCUCACCUCUGCUAUUGCUCGUUUCCUUUCUCUCAGUCCACCUGUGGAGCUGCACGGAGCGUCUGGACCAUUCCUCUGCUGAUCCAGCUACACUAAAGGUCAGAGGUCAGAGGUCACCAAAGUGAUGGAGUGUUUUAACAGCCUCCUUCUGAAGCUGAAGGAGGUCCACGAGAGGGAGGUGGAGGGCUGGCAGAUAAAAAUCCAGGAGAUGUCCAGCAAGAAGGGCUGUGACACUAAGCGGAUGGAGGAACUGUUCACUAAAAACCAGCAGAUGAAAGAACAGCAGAGGUUACUGACUGACAACAUAAAGACUCUGGAGAACAGGUUGAGGGCGGGGCUUUGCGACAGGUGUACAGUGACUCAGGAGGUGGCUAAGAGGAGACAGCUGGAGUUUGAAUCGGCUCAGAUGCAGAGCCUGCAGCACAUCGCUCUGCUGGCUGCAGAGAUGAACAACCUGAAGAAAGACAACAAGUCAUUGAGAGAAGAGAUCCGGAGCUUGAGAGCUGACAGAGGUGACCUCACCUCCUCCAGCUGCACAGAGGUCAAACCCGGCAGCUCCCCUGACCUCUCCCCCUCCUCCGCACACAUCACCCUCGUCUGCAGCAGGAGCAGCAGUCAGCCAGCAGGGGGCGACGUUUCAGUGAAAACAGAGACGGAGCAGCAAGCUGAAGAGACUGAAGUCAGACUUUGGAGAGGAAACAACAGGAACACUUUUGACUCGUACAGACCUCUCACGUCUCUGACCUUGAGGAGCGACCAGCAGAGUGCGUGGCAGGCAGGGGAGAGGAGACCUCAGUGUGUAGAAGCAGCGGAGCAGAGACCCCCCCUCCCUUCUAAGACUCUUCCUCAUAAAAACUCUUCAUCAUCGUCUUCAUCAGGCAGAGAGGUGACCCCCAGCAGACAUGCCGUCCAUCCGUCUGUCCCUUGUCGUCUUCAGCCAAUCAGAAGCAGCCCUGUUUCCCUCCCCUGGCCUCUGUCUGAGUCCUCAGACUGGGUCGGUGGUCCUGGAUCCGGCCUUGUGUUCCCUCCCUUUGUGAAAUCCCCACCUGUCAGAUUCCCAAACCUGAUCCAGAGCAUCCAGCAGGGCAGGAAGCAGGUCUUGCAGAGUCAUUUAAAACUCCCCAAAGAGCCCACAGUGCUCUUCAGAUUGAGGAGUCCUGAGAUUCAUCCUAAAACCCAGGAGAAGAAGGAGCCCCCGUCCCCCCGGGCUGAGGGGGGCUCUGCAGACAGGCUGAGAGAGGUGUUGGAGGGGCCUCUGGACCUGUCAGAGCGAGGGAGGUCCAGAUCCAACGAGAGUAGCAGUGAUAAUUCAGAGAGAGCCCGGUGCAGCCCGGACCUGAAGCCUGAUCCAGCAGCUGCUGCCCCCCCUCCUCCUCCUGUCCAUCACCAGACCAACAACAGGACCAGGCCCCCCCCACAGACCACAUCCAUCUGGAGGCCACAGAGCACAGCGAGGAGGAGAAGAAGGUUCCUGCCCUCACUUUGUCUCUACGUCCAGUAGUGGUGUUGGAGAAUCUGAACUCUGCUCUGCACAAACAGGAAUCCUCUUCACACAGUAAGUCAUCCUCACCUGCAGCAGAGACAGGAAGCAGCUGUGACGGACAGGACGAGGAGGAGAGUAACCAACGCUGCAGGAGGAAGAGGAGGUGUGAGGAGAUGCAGACAGACAGAGACUCAGAGACAGAAGACAACUGAGAGAAAGAUCCAGAUCACAGUGAGGACCGAGGAGAAGAGCGCCAGCUAAGGACAACAAUAACAGAUUUAACUGGGUUUUUUUUGCCCAUUGGGGGGCGCCAGAAUCAAGUUCUUCAUAUAUUACUACCUAAAAAAUAAAAGAAUGAGGAGACAGUGGAGACCCCGUCUGUGACUUUGUGAGCUGCUAUUGGCUCUGCAGCUCUGCAGCUCUGCAGACUUUGGUAUGUCUGCCUUCCUGUUCGUCUGCAGGUCUAUAGGUCUGUCUGCAGGUCUGCAGAUCUGUAGGUCUUUAUGCAAGUCUGUAUGCAGGUCUGGAGGUCUGGAGGUCUGGAGGUCUGAAGGUCUGCAGGUCUGGAGGUCUGCAGGUCUGCAGGUCUGCAGGUCUUUUUGUUUGUUCUCUGCAGCAGAAACUGAAUUGAAUGCAGAGCAGUUGAUUUCCAGGCCACUCAACCAAACUGUGAUUUGACAACAUUCAAACAAUCGUGACAUUAAGCUGGUCAACAUGUUAGCAGACCCCUGCUGACCCCUGCUGACCCCGCCCCCCACCUCCACUAUGACACAACAAUAUAUCAGAGUCUGUCUGACUUUCCUUUCUUUUACGAUUCUGAAAAAUAUUCAUGAAUGUUUCUCGAGCCUCGAGUCAUUAACUUUCAGCUUCUGUAUUUUUGUUUCACUUUCCCGACAUCACCGUCACAGCCCGGUUAUUUUUACUGUAAACACCCGCCGCCCCCCCAGCAGCCACCCCCAGCCACCCCCCCAGCCCUGCUUUAAGUGACCAACAAAGAAGAACAGACAAAAACACUGGUUGCUCUUCCUCUUUUUCAGAAGGCAGAUAUUUUGCAAGUCUGAACUUUCCACUCUCAGCUGUGACUGAGACGGAAGGCCAGAAGUGAGACGGGUGGAUGAGGGUGAGACAGGUGGAUGAGGGUGAGAUAGGUAGAUGAGGGUGAGACAGGUGGAUGAGGGUGAGACAGAUAGAUGCGGGUGAGACAGGUGGACAGAGGUGAGACAGGUAGAUGAGGGUGAGACAGGUAGAUGAGGGUGAGACAGGUGGACAGAGGUGAGACAGAUAGAUGAGGGUGAGACAGGUGGAUAGAGGUGAGACAGGUAGAUGAGGGUGAGACAGGUAGAUGAGGGUGAGACAGGUGGACAGAGGUGAGACAGAUAGAUGAGGGUGAGACAGGUGGAUAGAGGUGAGACAGGUAGAUGAGGGUGAGGCAGGUAGAUGAGGGUGAGACAGGUGGAUAGAGGUGAGACAGGUGGACAGAGGUGAGACAGGUAGAUGAGGGUGAGACAGGUGGGUGAGGGCAAACCUUCAUGUUUCACUUCUUGUUUCACUACAGUUACUUUUACAGUACACACUUCAGUUGGCCAAUGAGGACCCUCCAUUCACCGUUCCCAGCAUAUAGCAGCCAAUGAGAGAUGUUGUUUAAAGAGGUCAUAUUAUGCCCUUUAUGGGGUUCAUAUAUUUCAUCUAUGUACCUACUAAAGUAUGUUCACAAUAGCUAAAGUUCUAAGUGUAAGUGUCUGUUUUCAUGUACUGCCGCUCCAUACACCAGCUCGCUUCUGACUCUCUCUCUAAGGCUCUGAAGUGCCCACGUUUAGAGUCCCCAUGUGUGCCAAGUCUGGUGUGAUUGGUCGGCCUGUCGGCUCUGCCGUAAUUGGUCAGUUGCUCAGCACGGUUCUCGGAAAUGUCCCGCCUCUUUUACCAUAUUGGGAAUGCAGCCACUGGCUCCGUCCAAGGAGAGCAUAAACUAGCACCUUAGAACUACUGUGCUACCGCAGGCUACGGUAUAUCGUGGGCGUGCUACAGAAGUUAACGGGCACGCAACAUGAGCUGCUGGGCUUGCCACAACGAGCCAAUGGGCUUAGAUCAGUGAUGUCCCUGUUCCGAUGUAUCUAUUCCAGGCUAAUUGCACGGGACUGUGAUGGUGACUGAUGUUUCUUGUUGCCAAUGAAAUUAUAAACCCGUUGACAUUCUGCUUUGAUGGAACACUCUGAAGUAAUGAA